AUGAAAUUCAGUCUCAUCAAAUAAUUUGAAGAUAAUGAUAUGCCAUUUAAGAGAUCUAUGGAAACACUGUAAAUUAAAUAGGAUAGCUAUGUUUAGUUUUGUAACUUUGAUUGGAUCGCAGUUCAAAAAGACUCCGAUUUAACACUCUACAAAGAUGGAUUACAAGAUGUACCUCUUUAUUCUUUAAAAUAGGCUAAUGAGAUUGAUCUCACCCAAUUGUUUGGCAAAACACAAUGUGGCAAAGUAUAAAUACACUUUUUCAAGUUUGCCAAUGAAUAAUUUGAUUAAAAACAAAUGAUCCUAAUCGGAAAUAAUACAAUUAUUGGCUAUGACGUCUAUGAAUUACCGAAAACCUGCAAAUUUUAUAUGAAUGAUGAUUACAGAGUCAGAAGGAAAUUAUAAUUCUCAGAAGUACAAAUACUUGAACAAGACUUCAAUUUAUAUAUUCUUACUGAUCAUUUCGAUCUAAUUACAUUAAAUCUAGCUAACAAAGAUAAUAGAUUCAAUUACCAACCUUUGGUAAAAAAGGGAAAUUUUAUCGCCAAUUUGCUGUUCUAAAAUAAUUUAGAUUUCUAUAUCCCAGACGCUACUUUCAAGUUUUCAGUAUUUGAAGACACUCUCCUAAUCAUUCAAAAAACAUCAGCAAAUUAGAUAAAAUCAUAUUAAUGCAGUUUGAACCCUUACAAUUUAAUAUCCUAAUCACAGAAGACAUUUGUUUGCGAUGUCAUUAAUCUGAAUUGUUAACUGGCUAUCAACAAUUUUCAUUUAUUCAAGACUUCCAAAGGAAUCAAAUUGAUGUUCCUGACAAUCAUAUAAAAUAUGGAUUAAUUAGAAAGAAAUUGCCAACUAAAAUUGAUGUCUAAAGAGAUGGAAAUAACAGAUCCAAAGGCUGAUUUUUUCAAUCUAGAUAGACCAAACUAUGAAGAUUUGAAUGAAUUGCAACUGCAUGGAGAGAAACUUAAAUCCUUUUUCUUUUAGAAUGAUUAAGAUAUUGUCCUCUUAUACUCAGUUUUGGAUACUAAUUAUUAUCACAACAACUUAUGCACAUCUUUCAAAGACAAUACACUUUUUAAGGGGAAUCUCUAAGGUGCUGGAAUUUCAGUAAACAAUGGAUUGUCUUAAUUGAAGGUCUGCUUUAAUGGGAAAAUACUUAUUGCAGGAGAAAAUUAGUAAAAAUGCCCUAAAUAAUUAAUCACCCAUUUUUAAGGAAGAUGUAAGAAUGAAAUCGUUUUCAAUUUAUUAAAAGAAGGCUUUAAUUAAUUCUGUACCCACUCAAAUUAAAAUUCAGCAUUCUUGAAAUUGGAAUUUUAGGCAUUUUAAGAAUAAAUAAUAUGUUAAGUUAUUAAUUAAAUUCUUUGGGAUUAUAUGGAAACUCCCAUUUCAAAAUACACAGUUGUUGAGAGUUAAUUGUAAGAAAACCAAAAUAAACUAGAAUAAUGGAAAUAAUACACAAAAACAGUGGUUAAAAAUGAAUAAAUUAUAUUAAACUUAAUUAGGUCUCAAAUUUGUUUAAAAGUUGGUGAAUAUAUUAGUAAAAAUGAAAAUAGUUUAUAAUAAUUAAUACAAGAUUGUUUAAAUAAAUGGUUAGUAUUCUCUUAAUUUAAAUACUAAUUUUAUUCAAAUUUGGAAGACCUUUAUACAAUACUUGAAUAACUUUUGAAACUUGAGGGUAAGGAAAACCAUUUGUUCAAUAUUUUAACUAUUAUUUAUUCUGGCAUUAAUGAAGCAAAAGAGUUCAAUAAUAUUCAAUAUCCUAAGUUUUGGACUCAUGAACCGGAAUGGUUAAGUUUAAUCAUAAAAGCCUUAAAUAAAUUGAGGGAACAACCAUAAAUAGCAUUUUUUUCAUUGUUUAAGUAUAUUAUAACAGACAUUUCAAUUGUGUUUGAGUUUGAAAGAAAAAUAUCUCCAUUGCAAUUUUAAGUAAUUUAAGAAUUCUCUAACUAAAUUUCAAAGGAAGAAUUUUAAGAUAUUUUAAUUAAUAAUAGACUAUAUGAUAUAUUAUUUUAAUGCUAUUUACAGACAAGCUUAAGAUUAGAGAAAGUAUUCGAAUUAAUUUCUGAAAAUGAAUAAUUAUGUUAAAAUUUUGUGAAUUUAUGUUUGUAACAUGAAAAAGAGAACAAUUAUCAAGACUAACGUGAUUUAAAUAAAUAAAAUUAAAAUUAGGCAAAAAGAUUGCAUUAAAUUUUAGAUUAAAUUGAAGAACAUAGAUGCGUAGAUCAAGUAUUAAAAUGUUUAUCAAAAUACCCGAAACUAUAAAAUAUUCUAUUGAUUCGAUCCAUGAGAUUGGAAGAGAUUUAGAAUAUUCCAAUAAUAUCAUAAAUACAUGAUCCAGAUUCUAAAUAUUAUCGUUUCCUGGUUGAUACAGGUUGCCAUAUUGUAGAUAAAAACAAAUCAUAAAUAGAAGUUGAAUUAUGA